AUGUCGCGCUCAGCGCCCCGCAUCAAGAACCGCGCGCCCGCGCCCAUCCAGAUCUCUGCCGAGCAGCUCCUCCGCGAAGCACAGGAACGUCAAGAAGCACCCGCCGCUGUUCCUGUCCAGAAGAUCGAAGACUAUGAAGAACUCGAAGAGUACCGCGGACGCAAACGCUCCGAUUUCGAGGACCGUUUGCGCCGCAACAACAUCAACAUGUCUAUGUGGAUCAAGUACGCCACAUGGGAAGCCAGCCAGGGAGAGAUGGAUCGGUGUCGGUCCAUCUAUGAGCGCGCUCUAGAUGUGGAUCCACACUAUCUUCCGUUGUGGCUCCGAUACACAGAGCAAGAGCUCAAAAUGCGAAACGUCCAGCACGCAAGGAAUCUCUACGAUCGCGCCGUCAGCAUCCUGCCACGUAUCGAUCAGCUUUGGUACAAGUACGUCCAUCUCGAGGAGCUUUUGGGCAACGUAGCGGGUACAAGACAAGUCUUCGAACGCUGGAUGGCAUGGGAGCCCGAAGAAAAAGCGUGGCAUGCCUAUAUCAACCUCGAAGUGCGCUACGAAGAACUCGACCGGGCUAGCGCGAUAUGGGAGCGAGCCGUCACCUGCCACCCGACAUCUAAGCAGUGGAUUCGAUGGGCCAAGUUCGAAGAAGAUCGCGGCGACCUCGAGAAGGCGCGCGUCGUCUUUCAGAUGGCGCUCGACUAUAUCGGGGAAGACGAAGAGGCGAUGGAAAAGGCACAGGGCGUCUUUACCGCUUUUGCAAAGAUGGAGACUCGUCUGAAAGAGUACGAGCGUGCGAGGGUCAUUUACAAGUACGCGCUCGAAAGGCUGCCGCGCUCCAAGUCGGAGGGCAUCUACUCGAGCUAUACUCGCUUCGAGAAGCAAUUUGGCACCAUGAGUAGUGUCGAAGACACGGUCAUUGGCAAACGGCGCAUCCAGUACGAGGAAGAGCUGGCAGCGCUAGGUGGGGCUUCCGACUACGAUACGUGGUUCGACUAUUCACGGCUAGAAGAAGACGCUUACCGCGCUUUAGCUGCCUCAGGAGGAUCGCAGGACCAGCUCGAGCAGGCUGUCAGACGUGUCCGCGAAGUCUACGAACGCGCCAUCGCCCACGUCCCCGCUUCGCAGGAAAAACGCGAUUGGCGACGCUAUGUCUUCCUCUGGCUGCGCUAUGCCCUCUUCGAGGAGAUCGAUACACAUGACUAUGACAGAACAAGGGAAAUCUACAAGGCCGCCAUCGCUGUCGUUCCGCACCGUCGAUUCACCUUCGCCAAGUUGUGGGUCCAAUACGCUCGAUUCGAGGUACGACGUCUCGAGCUCGUCACAGCACGCAAGAUCAUGGGCACCGCCAUUGGCAUGUCCCCCAAGCUCAAACUCUUCAACAGCUACAUCGAGCUCGAACUGUCGCUGAAGGAAUUCGACCGAGCCCGCAAGAUCUACGAAAAGGCGCUGGAAUGGGAUCCGACCAACUCGCAGACGUGGGUGCGCUUCGCCGAGCUCGAGAAGAAUCUCUUUGAUACCGAGCGUGCGCGUGCGCUGUUCGAGCUGGGCGUGGGCCAGGCGGAGGGUGAAGAGCAGGGUAUCAGUGGCGGGCUGGAUAUGCCCGAGAUCGUGUGGAAGGCGUAUAUCGACUUUGAGUUUGAGGAGCGCGAGUGGGAGAGGGUGGAUGCACUCUACGAGCGGCUGUUGGACAAGAGCGGACACGUGAAGGUGUGGAUCUCGUAUGCGCUGUCCAAGGUGAACCAGGCCACAGCCAUCGAGGAAGACGAAGACGAUUCCGACGACGAGGAUGAAGAGAGCGACUCUGCCUCCAAACCACCCCGCGAGCUGACAGCAGCAGAACAGGAGGCUCGCGCAGCCCGUCGUGCAGCACUCACCUCCUCGGCACGUGGCGUAUUCCAACGAGCCUACGACAGCCUCAAGUCGCGCUCGCUCAAGGACGAACGCGUAACACUGCUUGAAGCGUGGAAGACGUUCGAGCGUGAACACGGCUCCUCCACGACCCUGUCGAGCGUCGAAGCCAAGUUCCCGCGCGUGGUCAAGAAACGCAGACCCAUCGCAGAUGGUGCCGAUGACGGAGCCAUGGAAGAGUACUACGAUCUCAUCUUCCCCGACGACGAGGACAAGGGCAAGGGCGCCUUCAAGCUGUUGCAGAUGGCGCAUGCUUGGCGUGCGGCGCAGGCGGCGAAGGAACAAUCGUCGCAGCCAGAGCCAGCUGUCGAGGAGCCGCACGCGGAUCAAGAAAGGCUCGAUAUUAGCAUGGACGACGACAACGAAGAGGCGCAGCACGGAUCUAGUCCAGACGACGCUUAG